AUGCUAUCGUGUCGCGUGCAACUUGACCAUGGAAAACAUGACUGCACAUACUCGCCCACCGCAACCCUAGGCAUCUUGUACACAUUCCCCAUCGAGCUACAGCAACGUAUUGUAUCCCACCUUGACGUUAAGUCGCUUCUUGUAUUCCGUCGUGUAAGUAAGCCAGCUAUGAGCCUCGUCAACUCUCUGCUGGAGUAUAAGAAAAUCAUGAUACAUGCACCCAUGGCCCUGCGUAUGGCUAUCGCCAUCAAAACACAUCAUAGAUUCACUAUUUCUGAUCUCUUCGCCGCGCUGUGCCAACGCCACUGUGAAGAUUGCGGUAUACUGGCUCAUUACAUCUGUCUCUUUACCUGCCGCCGUAUUUGUCUGAGCCAGGAGAAAUACUGUGAGGGUAGCUUGGCACCAUGUGUGACUAUACCUAGUUCAGGCGGGGACUACAUCAUCACCUGCGGCCUGUUUGAGUAUAACUCCAUGAUCUUUCGUAUCCCCAAUAAUGCCCCGCGGUUUUCGCCCGUGCCUGGCUUCCACAUGAAUGCCCGGAUAGCCGGCAAGGUCGACCAUUUCAACAAAAUUGACAUCAACUCUAGAGAUUCAUACGUUGACAUGAAUUACGUUGUCCCCGGCCUGAAAAAGUAUCUACCUGAAUCGUUGCGAGUAGUAACUGAGGAAAAAAUGGUGAUGAUGAAGAGUGUCUCAGCUGUUGUUGCACCUUGGAUGAGCAAGAGGAGCUUGGACGCCGAAUAUGGUAUGCAGUGCCAAACCUGCAUGGCUGAACAAAAGAGGUAUAUUGCUCGGUUUAGAAGUAACUCAAAUAGCAGCAUGCGUAUUCUGCAGUGUGCUGUUUGGACUAAAGAGGAGCUGGAGAAGCAUAUGCGUGAGGAGCAUGGGGUAGUAGAGAAAUCAGUUCAGGGAGAUUUGACUGAAAGCGUAUGA